AUGGACAUUUUACUUGACACAUCAAAAGAAAGAAGGAUAGAAAAUAGGAGAAACCGAAUUAGAAAAAAGUUAAACAAACAAAAGGAAGUACUAGAAGAGAGUUCAAACGAGACAGCAAAUAAAAACAAAAAUGAAAGUAAUAAUAACAAGGAGCUCCAAAAUAAUGAUGAAACUAACUUAAGACACAAUUUUCAGUAUAAAAAUUCUGAACAUUAUUUAAAUUAUGAAAGUCUGAGAAAUGAAAUUAUUCAGAAUUUAAACGAGAAAAAGAAAGAUCUUUUAGAAGAUAUCUCAACACAAGUAAAAACAGAGGAAAAGCCUUUCUUAGAAAAUAUAAAAAAGUAUGUUGUCGGUUUAGAGGAUGAUCAUUUUAUGAUACGUUCAAAUGAAAAUGGAGAAAAAAUAGAACAACUCGAAAAUAUUUCCUACUCUGACUUUCAAAAUAAUAUUGCAGAUGUUAAAGUUUUAGCAAUAAAAGAAAAAGAGACUUACAAAAAGAAAAUAGAAAAAUAUUUUUCUCUAUUAAAAUAUAAAGAUGAAAAAAUUAAAAAAGUGUGUGAAAUUAAUUCAAAAAAUGUUUUAUCAUUUAUCAGUUUUAUGAGAAACCAAAUGGAGGGAUAUAAAAUAUACUUAGAAGACAUCCUUAACAGAACAAGAGAUGAGCUAAACUUAAACAGAAAAAACUUUUUGAAUACUAACAAACAGAUACUUGAAGAUUUCAUGAGGAUGAGAAAUUUGAAUUCUACUUCUUUUGUCGAUGAGUUGGAAGAUCACAAAAUACUAAAUGAGAAAAUAAAAGAAAACCAUGAGCAGAACCACCUAAAUUUAAAGAUGAAUAACGAGAUCCUGGAGAAUAACUUGAAUAUGAACAUGGAGCACUUACAAGACAUUAAUCGCAUCAUUAUGGAAAAAGAAAAAAAUUUAUAUAACAAAAAAUUAUUGCAACAAAAAAAUGACCAUAAUUUAAAAAUGAUAAAUUUUUAUAAACUUGAAAUUAAUAAAUUAAGAGAAGCCUUGAUAUCCGUGAAAACCUAUUAUUACAACUAUAAGAUUAAGUCAAAAAAAAAUAUAAACGAGUUAAUAAACCAGUAUGAAAGAAUAAAAUUUCAAUUCAUUGAAUUACAAAAGAGACAAAAAAGUUAUGAGCAAAAUUUUCAAAAGAAGUAUGUAAAAGCCUGGGAUUUACAAAAAAAUGAGGCUAACAAGCACAUUGAAAAAUUAAUAAAUGCAAAUCAAAUUAUACAUGAACAAAUAUUUUUAAAAGAAUUUCAUAAAACCAGUUAUAAACACUUAAUAGAAGAAAAUUCCAAUAUCGUCUCAGCAGCUGUUCAAGAUGACGAAGAAUUGAAAACAGAUAUAAACAUAAAACAGGUUACAGCUCAUCAGAUUGAGCAAGUAAAGAAGUUACUUUUGCAAGAAUGCAAUUUUCUAUUUGAUGGGGAUUUAGACGAUCAGCAGGAAAAACUCAAAAAGAUACUAAAGUAUAUUGGUGUUAACACACAAGACGACUUAGAAUUGCUAACUCAGUUGUUCUAUAUAGAAGAUAAACAGGAAAAUGACGACACUCAUCAAAAUAAUAAAGAGAACGAAGAGAUCAGCUUAUCUUACAACUCAGAAUAUACAUUAGAUAUAAUAUUUAAGUAUUAUCAAGAGAAGGAAAAAGAAAAUGUAUGCAGAAUUACUGCGAAUAAACAAAAAUACAAAAAUAGACUAAAUGUUUCAUUAAAGCUAAUACUUGAAAGAAAAAAACAAGAAAAAGAAUACUGGCAUAACUUGGCGCAUAUAACCCCUGAUGAUAUGAUAGAGUUAUGGAAGACGUUUUUAAUUUUUGUCGAAAAGUAUUAUCGCAUAUUAAAGGAAAGAGCAACUAUUAUUCAAAAUAUUUUUACGGAAGAGAAAAAGAUUAAAGAAAAUUUAAACAAAAUUAACCAAAUGAAGGAAUCUCUAGAGGAAUAA